AACUGUCUCAGUUCAAGUGUGAAGUUUGAAGAAACAAAGUAGAAUGAUUGAGGUAGGCCAACAAAACUGUUGCAAUGAUUCAUACCGUUGAUUUUGUCCAUUUAUGGUAUCAUUUUGAAAGUAACUCGAUGUAAGUUCGAUAUUGCUGCAAUCAACACAGCAGAUGUUCAUAAGCUCUCAUAUUGGUAGCACCACAAGUACUCAUUUUUUUUAAUAUGUAUCUAUACGAGCCACCUAGUAAACUUACUUUGACUUCAGUUGAAGAAUUUCAGGAGGCUUUCCAACUAUUUGAUAAUCGAGGUGAUGGUAAAAUUCAUGUAAGUCAGAUUGGGGAUGCUUUGAGAGCACUAGGGCAAAAUCCAACUGAAUCGGAUGUGAAAAAAUUCACACACCAACAUAAGCCGGAUGAAAGGGUGUCAUUUGAAGUCUUUCUGCCCAUUUAUCAACAAAUUUCAAAAUCAAGAAGCGCAGAAACAGCUGAAGAUUUCAUUGAGGGUCUCAGGCAUUUCGAUAAAGAUGGAAAUGGUUACAUAAGUUCAGCUGAGUUGAGACAUCUGCUCACUACACUUGGCGAGAAACUCACAGAUGAUGAGGUAGAGCAGCUUCUUCAAGGUCAAGAGGACUCUCAAGGAAAUGUUAAUUAUGAAGAGUUUGUCAAGCUAGUGAUGUCGGGUUGAGCCUUUAUAUUUUUUUUACUUAAUAUCUUGACCUAAUGACGAAUGGUACUUGAUAAAACUGCAUUUAUUAGAUAAUGAAUGAAUGAUGGAUAAUUUUAAAAUUUCUUUGAAUUUUAUAUGUUGAGCUAUUUUCUUCCAAUAUCAUUUAUAUCGUUAGUGCCUUCAUUCCAGUUUCUAUGUAUUUUGAAUUUUUAUAAAACUAUUGUCACUAUUAUGUUUGGAGGUCAGUAAUUGACAUAUUUAUUUAUUUUUAUUAUAGUUAAUAGGAGGUUGUAUAAAGUUCUUUGAAUAGUA